CACGUCGGCGGCGCUUGCGCAGUGAGGUCGACGCGCAAAGGACCAAUGAACGCAGAGGUGGGCGGGCUGGAGACCAGCGCCUCGGCUUCCGGUUCCGGCUGGCGGUAGAGGGUCGGCUCCAGUGCGACGUGUCCCAGGCGGCGAGGCGGCGGCGGCAGCACCAUGGACCAGGUCAUGCAGUUCGUUGAGCCAAGUCGGCAGUUUGUGAAGGAUUCCAUCCGGCUGGUCAAGAGAUGCACCAAACCCGACAGAAAAGAAUUCCAGAAGAUUGCCAUGGCGACAGCAAUCGGAUUUGCUAUAAUGGGUUUCAUUGGCUUUUUUGUGAAAUUGAUCCAUAUCCCUAUUAAUAACAUCAUUGUAGGUGGCUGAAGGCCUGUGGAUGAGGGGUUCAUCUUGGGGAUUGGUGGACAGUGCCGAUUUGAGAAGCUCAUGGAGUAAAAAAAAUUGCCUGCAUGUUUUGUGUUCUUUCUUUUUUUUUUUCCAAGAUGUUUUCGUUUCUAAAUUAAAAUAAUUUCAAUAUAAAUAAACUUCUCUGUUUUCUAUCACA